AUGACCAGUGCUUUGCUACUGAGCAGAGAAGAAGCCUCCGGAAUCCGGGGAAAUGCACACAUUGGAGUUCUUAAACUUGCAGCCUUAGCGAGAGGCUCAGGUAGGGCCAGGAUUUAUCACCUGGAAACCGAUUCAGGCUUCAGUGGACAAAGUACAGGGCUUGCGCACCACCUUGUGGCUACAGUGCUUACAGCAACGGUAGCUAGGUCAUCCUCUGUGUCCUCUUCCGUAGUAAUAAAAUCCUCAGAAAAUGGCCUUUUGCCUGGCCCAAGGAAAUGUGUGGAAAAUGGAAGAAAUCCUCAUCCCAGGAAUUAUGCGGUGGGUCAGAAGGAGGCAAUUGUGACACCUGCUGUCGAAAAGAAAGAACUCACUCUUCUGUCCAAAGCAGGCUUUUCCUCUAGAAAAGACAAAACUAUUGCUAAGACACAAAAACUUCUAGCAGAAGAUGAACACAUAACCAUGAAGAGAAAAACAAUUUAUGAAUUUAAUGACGACCAGGUGGACAAAUAUUUGCAGAUAUCCAUGCAAACUUCGGGCUCACAAGAAUUCCUAGGCUCAAAUUACAGUGAAACGUUCUACACCACAAAGGGAAAAUUGAUCACCAGGCAUCCUCAGAUAACGGAACACUGUUUUUAUCAAGGAUCCAUUAUACAUGAAUUUGAUUCUUCUGCAAGCAUCAGCACAUGCAAUGGUCUAAGUGGAUUCUUCAGAGUAAAUGAUCAAAGGUAUCUUAUCAAACCAAUGAAAUACUCAAAUGAGGAGGAACAUUUGGUGUUCAAAUAUAACCCAAGGGUGCCGCAUGCUGUCAAUUAUUCUUGUGCAGAGCUCAAUUUAAGCAUGAAAUCUGUUCCAAAAGAUACUACAUAUAAGGAUAACCACACAGUGGAAGAAAACCAUAAGGAAAAGUAUAUUGAGCUGUUCAUUGUUGCUGAUGAGUAUGUGUAUCGCAGGAAUAGUAAUCCUCACUAUAAUCUAAGGAGAAGAAUUUGGGGAAUGGUCAAUUUUGCCAACAUGAUUUAUAACACAUUGAACACUCAUGUGACAUUGGUUGGCAUUGAAAUAUGGACAAAUGGAGACAAAAUAUCACAAGUUUCAAAUGCAGAGACUACCUUACUGCGUUUUUCAAACUGGCAAGAGACAGUCCUUAAAAAAAGGAAGAAUUUUGACCAUGCUCUGUUACUGAGUGGGAAGUGGCUCUACACAAAUGUACAAGGAACUUCUUAUCGAAGGGGUAUGUGCCUGCCCACUUAUUCCUCCAGUGUCAUUAAGGAUCUUCUACCUGAUGUAAAUAUAAUUGCGAACAGAAUGGCACAUCACUUGGGACAUAGCCUGGGCAUGCAGCACGAUGAAUUCCCCUGCACAUGUCCACUGGGGAAAUGCGUGAUGGACAGUGCUGGAAGCAUUCCUGCAAUAAAAUUCAGUAAAUGCAGUCACAUCCAGUACGAGCAGUACCUGAAGGAUUCUAAGCCAAACUGCAUGCUCAAUAUUCCAUUUCCUGCCAAUUUUAAUGACUUCCCAUUUUGUGGGAACAAGAAAGUCGAUGAAAGAGAAAAGUGUGACUGUGGGCCUAUUCAGGAGUGCACUAAUCCUUGUUGUGAUGCACACAUGUGUGUAUUGAAGCCAGGAUUUACUUGUGCCCAAGGAGAAUGCUGUGAAUCUUGUCAGAUAAAAAAAGCCGGGUCCAUGUGCAGACCAGCAAACAAUGAAUGUGAUUUUCCUGAAGUCUGCACUGGCCAUUCUUCUGAGUGUCCUAAGGAUAGGUUCCAGGCCAAUGGAUUCCCUUGCAAUGAUGGAGAAGGCUACUGCUUCAUGGGGAAAUGUCCCACACGGCACGACCAGUGCACUGAGCUGUUUGAUGAUGAAACAAGAGAGAGUCCUGAUGCCUGCUACAUGAUGAAUAAAAAAGGCAAUAAAUUUGGUUACUGCAAAAACAAGGAGAACAGAUUUGUUUCCUGUGAAGAGAAAGACAUCAAGUGUGGAAAGAUUUACUGUACUGGAGGACACCAUUCAUCUCUCCUCGGAGAAGUCAAGAACUUUCGCCUUGUAGAUUCAAAGCAUAAUGUCACCAUCAAAUGCAGAACCAUCUUUUUAUAUCACAACUCUAAAGAUAUUGGUCUGGUUGAUCAUAGAACAAAAUGUGGAGAGGAGAUGGUGUGCAUCAAUGGUGAAUGUGUAAACAUUGAACAAGUCUACAAUUCAACCAGUUGUCCUUCUCAGUGCAAUGAAAAUUCUGAGGAUGGCCGUGAACCCGAGUGCCACUGUGGAGAAGAGCAAAUCCUCACAGACUGGGAGGAGACCCUAAAUGUUACCAGUAUCUCCAUCAUGGUCAUUGUGCUUGUUAUGAUUGUUAUUGGUAUUGGAGUUGUCGCAUUGUUAAUUUGUUACCAAAAAUGUGUUAAGUUGAAGCAAGUUCAGAGCCCACCUGGUGACACACUCGGAGUGGAGAAUAAAGGAUACUUGGGAGAUGAGCAGCCCAGGAGACCUGAGCCAAUUUUGUCUGAGAUUCCUCAUCCACAUAGGACAACAGAAUCCUUGGAGAGCCUUCCACCCAAUUUUUCAAGUCCCCACUACCCCAGUCUGAAAUCUGCAAGUAAAGAUCCAAGAGGAAUUGCAGAUUCCAAACAAAGUGCCAACGUGAGCUUGAAAUUGGAUAUCCAGAAUGGUUGUGCAAGUCUGGGUUGA